CCGCGAGAGAAUUGGGCGAGUCCGGGUAAAGCAGAGCAGCCGUGUGUGUGUGUCGUAUAUCAUGCAAAAUGAGGAACCGUUGCAUGAAGAAGUUGUUUAUCCUGAUCACUGAAUAUAUUUUAAAACAGAACUUCCUUCAAAAAUACUUUUUAGUUGUGUAGUCCUUUCAAUAGUUUAAUGUUCAGACUGAAUACGGUUGCUUAUACAAUCUCAAGGUAAUUGUAACCUUAAUUUACUUGAGUUUAGUUUUUCUAUUGAAGCGUUAGAAAUAAAAGUUAACGGUAUUGAGCCGCAACUUGGACACAACCGGACUGGAUAGGCCUACCCAUCUUCAGCCGACAGCACAACAUCGUAAGCCAGGACUAAGAACAGAGGAAGAGGACAUUGAUCGAGCAGCCAGCCAACAGACAGACAUCUUGAGGAGAGCAGAAAGGGACCUGCAGCCAGCCAGCAGACAGACAUCUUGAGGAGAGUGGAAGGGGACCUGCAGCCAGCCAGCAGACAGACAUCUUGAGGACAGCAGAAGGGGGACCUGCAACCUGCGUGGUGGAGAUCAGGUCCCAAGACUAGCAGCCCAGUAGACUGUGAAAGAGGCUCCACAUUACAUUUCACCGUAAUUUAACCAGGAAAGACCCUCGAGGUUCUAAACUUUGUUGCAGAGAGGCAGUCAUGGGGAAACAGAACAGCAAACUGCGUCCCGAAGUGCUGAACGACCUGCGCGAGAACACAGAAUUUUCUGACCACGAGCUUCAGGAAUGGUACAGAGGCUUCCUCAAAGACUGCCCCACGGGCCACCUGACCGUCGAAGAGUUCAAGAAGAUCUACGCCAACUUCUUCCCGUAUGGCGACGCUUCCAAGUUCGCCGAGCACGUCUUCCGGACAUUCGACACCAACGGCGACGCCACCAUUGACUUCCGGGAGUUCAUCAUUGCGCUGAGCGUUACGUCGCGCGGCGGCCUGGAGCAGAAGCUGCGCUGGGCCUUCAGUAUGUAUGACCUGGACGGGAACGGUUACAUCAGCCGGGCUGAGAUGCUGGAGAUUGUACAGGCGAUCUACAAGAUGGUGUCCUCAGUGAUGAAGAUGCCAGAAGAUGAGUCGACGCCAGAGAAACGGACAGAUAAAAUCUUCAGACAGAUGGACGUAGACAAAGACGGCAAACUCUCUCUGGAGGAGUUCAUCAAAGGUGCCAAGAGUGACCCUUCCAUCGUCCGGCUCCUGCAAUCUGACCAGGGGACCUCUCGCCAGUUCUGAAGACAUACACAAACACACAGUUCUGAAGACAGGAAAGUGGAGAGAGCACUGUAUCAUCCCCCAUCCAACACACACACACACAUGAGAAAGAGGUGGAAGAGGCAUAGUUGUCAUUACAACACCCAUAUCAGGCAGCCAUUUUGUAUUCUCUCAUUCCAUGUCUUGUUUACAUCAUCAGUAGUUCCCUAGCCUGAUCCCAGAUCUGUUUGUUCUCUCUAUUGCAUGCAAGACAGCACAAACAGAUCUGGGACCAGGAUAGCAAUUUCCAAUAUCCCAAUGCAGCGGUUUCAUGCAUUCUACAGCGAUAUGUUUUGCAUCAUGAAACAUCAAGUUCUACACCCACAGUACCACUGAUAGACUCUUAUGACAUUUCCUUGCAAAUGUUUUACUUAAUGUUUUAUUUUAGCUUGCCUUACUUUAGUCAACGUGAAGUGCCAUAUCUAAAUAUUUGUACUGAAUGUAUUAUUACACUAGUAAGUAUUAUGACUUUUUCCCCUGACGUGUUACGGUAAGAAGAAAUCAACCAAAACCAAUAUUUUGUACGUCAACCGGCACGUAGCCUAACAAUGAAGAGCGUUGGGACAGUAACUGAAGGGUUGCUGGUUUGAAUCACCGAGCUGACUAGGUGAAAAUUCUGUCAAUGUACCCUUGAGCAAGACACUUAACCCUAAUUAUCUGAUAAAUUACUAACACGUAAAAGCCAUGGGUCGUCUCAUUGCGACCUUCGCUCUAAAUGUAAUAUUAGUUAGGGACAUUCAAAAAUGUUUUUCACUUUAACUAUAUACUGUUUCUGCAGCACAGGAAUUUUGAAAAUGAAUGUUUUAAUACCCAACUGUACAGAAAGUUCCAGUGAUGUAUUAAAACCAGUAUCUUGUAA